UUCCACUGCGCAUGCGCGAAGUCUUCGAAGUAUUCGCGCGGGCAGAUUGAAAACAUCGCCGACAUGGAGUUUAUGUCUGCGCUGCAGUUUCUCAAGUUAAAGGAAAUCCCACAAGCCUGGGUGGAUGAGGUCUGGGAUGUGGAGUUCACAGAGAGGAAACCGUUGGACGACAUCCUGGGGGAAGAACUGUUGGCGAGCAGAGACAAAGCCUUCAAAGACCUGUACCACUGUUUACUCUCUCAUGUUGCUGACCAACGGCAGUCUGCGGCCAGUGAUGACGUUUCACAGAGCAUCUGGGUCAUUCUGAGGGAGAACGGCGUGUCAGUCAAGUGUCUGGUGGCUGCGUUGUCUUUCUUUGUCCUGACUGCCAAAGCCAGAGCUGCUACUGUGCAGCAGCGGGCGGGCGGCCUGUACGCCGCCUCCCUCUACCUGCUGCUGCUGAGAAUCCCAGGGAGCAUUGCCAACGAAGUUUUUCAUGAAGUUUUCAUGGACACGUGUUGUGACUUGACCUCCCACUGCUGGCCUCAGGAUGUUGGGAAGAAGCGCAAGAAGGACGGACUCAAGGGUCAGAUGGACAGCAAACGCUCCAAACCACAACGCCAAGACCAUGCAGAGAUGGAAGUGGAUGAAGCAGAGGAGGAAGAGGGCAAAGAAGAGCUUAAUUUCUCUGGCCAGGACUUGAUGAAGAUCAGGGAAGCUGUUACUUUCCUGAUUCAAAGCCUCCUGAGACUCCUCCAAACAUUUUCGCUGAAGGACAGGCCGCAGAGCGCUGCCAACUGCACCCAGAUCUUCACUAAACUGCUAUACUUUGAACCGGUCCUUGGGGUGCUGAACUUUGGUGCUCCAGAAGAUCCGGCCGAGCUGAGGAGUGUUCCAGAAAUGGCUUUCUAUGGUCUCCAUCAGCUCUGCUCCACAAAACACGGAGACCAGAAGGACUCUCUGUGUCGGGUUUUCCACCGACUCCUCUACGUGAUCCUGAUGAUGAACAAAGGCAGCCAAGGAAAGCCGUCCCUCCUCGUCCCCAGUCAGACCGUUCUUGCCACUCGGGACAAUGCCAUCCAGUUUGUUUGUUGUCUUGUGGAUGAGCUGAAAGAGGUGGUCCUGCCUUUCCUCCAAAUCCUCCUGCAGCACAUCUGCUUCCAGAUGGUGGAGAAGAGCGAGUAUCGCCACCAUGGAGCCCAGGCUGUAGGCAUGCUCACGUCUCACAUGGAGAGUACAGACUACGCCCGCUUCAUCAAGUGGCUCUUCAACUUCUCCAGACACUCAAAGAUGGUGUACCGGCUGUUCUCUGUGGACGUGAUGAUGGUUCUGCUGGAGCAGCCAGAGAGGAGGCCAGAGGAGUGUCCCGAUCCAGAGCUGGCCGGUUUCCUGCCUCAUCAGUUCCUCAUCCAGCACCUGCUGUUUGCUCGGCGGAUGGACGAGUCGCCCACCGUCCAAGGCCACGCCCUCUCCUGCCUGGCCCAGUGCCUGGAGCUGCCCUCGCUCAACGCCACCCGGGCCGUGCACAGGCUCUUUGACACUGGAACUCAGACAGUGUUGUCGGCAGAACUCACAGAAGGAACUCAAACACCGAGUUCUCAGACCUGUCAGAAAACCUACCGGACUUUGCCGUUCAGGACAGUGGACAUCAGCAGCGCUGACAACUCCGGCUGUGACGCAAAGGAAAACCUGGCUCUUCUUCUGCGGCGCGUACAAGACUCUAAGACGAAUGUGAGGAAAGCGGCGCUGCAGGCCUUGGUGGGUCUCCUGAAACAUGAUGUAAUCCCCCUGAACUGGGAGAACCUGGAGACUCUGCCGGAGCGCUGCAGAGACCCCGCCGUGUCUGUGAAGAAGAAGGCUUUACAGUGCGUGGGAGAGCUACUGGCUGCUAAGCCGGAGGUCGUUGUGGUCCAGAAGGCGUGGCUGCAGGGCGUGGUGCCCGCGGUGGUGGACCCGGAGAACUCUGUGCAGGACAAGGCCCUGGAAGCUCUGGACCAAGUGCUGCUCAGUCAAGUUAAAGUUUACUCUGCUGGCCGCCACCUGGACGCCGGUCAGAGGCUGACCUGGGACCUGCUCAGCUUACUGUGCCACGAGUGCCAGAACCUCAGCCGAUAUUUCAGUCGAGCCUUCACCAUCUGGUCCAAGCAGAGCAAGUUCACGCCAGCGUUCGUCACUAACCUGGUGUCACACACUGAAGCGGAUCACGCUGCCGGGGCCUGGCUGCUUCUCUCCAAGGUUAUCACGUCAGCUCCUAAACUGCCGUACGGCAAGAUCCUCGAUGCCUGGGACUCCAUGAGCAGUUCAAAGGAUGUAAACGUGACAACCUGCUGUCACAUGCUUUCGGUAAUGGGGGACAUUGCUGUUCUUUUGAAUGAGGAUACUAAGGAGAGGAUUAUUGCUGAUCUGAUGUCUUGGCUGAAGACUUUCACACUGUCUUUGGAAGUGAUCAACGCUGCGGUGCAGGCACUUUAUCAGCUCGGCUGCAGUGAGGACAUCAAACAAACGCAGGCUUUUCUGGACCAGUACUGCGGGGAGCUGGUGUCAGCCUGCGAGGCUUAUUUAGCCAACAUCAUCCUCAGUGAAAACGGAGUACAAAACAUCAAUGAGGAGCUGAUGAUAAAGCACCUCCACAUGCUCGGUGUGGCAUCGCUGCACUGUCCUGCCAGAGUGAGCAAGAAGACCGUGCUGCUGGUGGAAUCCGUUCUCACAUCCCACUCAGGGGGACUGGAAGAGUGCGGGGAUGAGCUGCCGGCCUCGUUACCUCUGACUCAGUUCAGACCCAACGCUCUGCCUCCCCGAGUCAAGGCCCAUGGAGUCAUCACUUUAGGUAAACUGUGUCUGCAGCACGAGGAACUGGUCCAGAAGUAUUUGCCAGUCUUUGCCAGAGAACUUGAGGUUGGCAGUGAGGUUGCUGUUCGCAACAACAUCGUGGUGGUGAUGUGUGAUCUGUGUGUUCGCUACACCAACAUCGUGGAUCUCUACAUCCCCAACAUCUCUGCAUGUCUGCGGGACGACGAGGCCGUCAUCAGGGAGCAGACUGUGAUCAUGCUGACCAACCUGCUGCAGGAGGAGUUUGUGAAAUGGAAAGGCUCGCUCUUCUUUCGCUUCAUGGUGACGCUGGUUGACCCAGUCCCUGCCAUCGCCAGCCUGUGUGAGUACUGCCUGCUCCAUCUGCUGCUCAAGAAGAACCCCGACAUGUUCAGCCAGCACUUCAUCGAGUGCAUCUUCCACUUCAACUCCUACGGCAAACACAAGUCCUACAACAAGUUCCCUCAAAAUGACAGAGAAAAAGUUCGUUUCUCACUGAAAGGAGCUCAAAACCGUGAAAAGCGUUUUCGGAUCUAUCGCUUCCUUUUGGAGAACUUCACAGACACCCACCGCUUCAACAUCACCAACAAGAUCAACCAGACUGUCUUAGUAUGCUUUGCUGAUGAAGAGCUGCCACUGGAUGCAGAAGGUGCUGAAAUUCUGUCGGAGACCUUUAACAUCUUGAGUCUGAAGGAGAUGAAGCUGCGGAUAUCGAGUCCCGCUGGAGGAGCUGCAGAAGAAGAGCAGGAGGAGACCAUGGCCAGAGCCGUCAUGCAGGUGGCGCAGAAGAAGGUGGUGUCCCAGAUGCAGAAGAGGGCAUUCAUAGAAAACACGGUUCCGCUCAUCAUCAGCCUGAAGGGGCUGCUGGAGCAGAAACGAUCUCCCGUCCUCAGAGACCUCAUGGCCUACCUCCAGGCAACGAUGCAGGAUUAUCGCAACGAGGUGAAGGAGUUUUUCUCUGGUGAUGAGCAGCUGGCGGCUGAAUUAGAGUUUUCUCUGGAGAAGGCAGAAAAGGAAAAAAAGAUGGAUGACUGCUCCCAGUCAGGAGACGCCAGAAUGCCAACUUCCCAGGGUUCGGUCCUCGGCCCCCCCAACCUGCCUUUUACCUUCACCACCCCGCAGCCGCCGCGGCCCAGUCACCCCGCGGGCAGGACCACUCUGAGUGACCGGCACCUGCCCUGGCAAGGUGAAACAGGCCCCUUGAAAUCCAUCGCUCUGGAAGAGACAGCCAUGCCUAAAGGAGCUGCCAAAAACAGACUCUUCAGCACCCCACACAGAGGCAUCGACAUCAGCUUAACGUUUAGCGAAGGAUUCAGUGCCAUCUUAAGUGACCGAGGAACAAGUCCUGCUGGGGAGAUGUCCACUGGGGACGUUGAGGAGCAGACCAACGAACAGCAGUGUGCUGGGCCGAGGCAGUGGAACGUGCAGACUCCGCUCCGCCAGAAGAAAGCAGUUUAGUGGUCACACAGCUUCAUACGCUGCUCUCAUGUUCUCUUCAUGUUGCUGUUCUUACUUGUGAUGGUCAGUAUUUGUAUCUGCAUGAUCAUUUUCUUGUUUGUUUGUGCCACUGUCCUUUUGCUUUUGUUAAAUAUAAUAAAAAGGUUGUA